UAGUAGUGUUAAAGUACAAUCAAUGUCAACUCCCAAUCAUCAUAAUUAGUGUCAUUUUAGUCACUGGUUAGUGAUUACUUCAAAAACGCCAAACCAACAGAGAUCCUGUUUUUGAGCUUUACCAAAAUCAUCAUUCCGUCCAUGACCUAAAAGCAUUUCUAAACAGAGAGAACAAACCCCCAAAAGUAGAAAUCAGAAUAACAAUGGAAAAAGAGAAACAACAUCAAGCUUCUUCAAUCAUAUCUCGAUCAACUCCUGAUCUUUAUCUUCAACAAGAAGGAGAUCAGGAUGAUAAAGAUCUUAACGUUGCUGUUAGCUCUCGUGUGUUGUAUCUGUUGGGAGAUAUAACUUCUGGACCGGCGUAUCGUUUCGCUCAAUGGUUGGAUUCUGUUCGGAAAAGGAGUUUUCCCCACUCUAAUCGACUUUCAGGAAAUUUCGAGAGUCUGAUAUUAAGUGCAGGGGAACAAAUUGCGGAAGCGAAAGGGUUGCAGAAUAUAGAGCAAGUAUUGGAGAUAAGUUUAUGGGAAAGGCUUGGUAAAGCUACUAUGUUAGAUAUUGAAUCCUCUCAUUUUUCAUGGAAUACAUUGUCUUCGUUGCAUCGUACCGAGCAUAGUAGUAGUACGGAACAAUCUGAAGAUGAAUUGAAUAAAGCACUAGAGGUUACGGUGAAUUCGGGGGGAGUUGUCUUCUUUGGGUUGUUUAGUAGUGCGACGAAUGAUGAAUUAUUCCAACAAGAGGCUGCUGCAGUUAUCAAGAUUUCGUCAUCAAGGAUGGCCACACAGUCCGAGCGCCUGGGUUAUGAAUUUGCAAAAUGGAUGGGAGUUCGAACGCCACAGGCAAGAGUGGUUCAUAAUUCUAGCCCGGAGUGGCAAGAGAUUAAGCAAGCCGUGGAGAAAGCAAGGGAUGCAGCAACUUUGGUGGGAGAUGAUGCUGGUGAACUUACAUGUUCAGAGUUGCUGGAGGCUCUUGAACUUAGCAGAUGCCUUUUCCUGAUGAAUUACAUCCAUGGAUCUCCUCUCCUAGAAAGCUCCAGUGCGUUCGAUUCACUGGAAGCUUCUGAAAAGACAGCGGCAUCCGUGGGCAGAAUCUUGAUGUUGGACCUCGUUAUUAGGAAUGAAGAUAGACUACCGUGUCGUCAGCUUAGGUGGCGUGGAAAUCCUGCAAAUCUCCUAAUUUCUGCGAAACCACUCUCUGAAAGCAUUGAUGCCAUGGAUGAAACUUUUGGCUCAAGAAUAAUCGAGACUCUUCCGAAAGAGAGACGGGCUAGCUCAGUUGAUGGUAGAUUAAGUAUUUGUGAUUCUGAACUUCUAUCUCAUAACUCAGAAGCUUCUGUAAUGAGUCCUAAAUCCACCGACUGGAACUUAAAAGAGGGAUGGAAUGAGAAAGAUGGUGAUUUCGACAUCAUUGCAAUAGAUUCGGGUGUCCCUCGCCGUCCACCAGCAGGGAAACGUGCAAAUGACCACGCAAAUUACCCCAAGCUAGUUGAGCUUCUUCUCAAUAGUGCCGAGUAUUCCUCGAACCUUUUAUAUGACAUCACAGUAGGAAAAAUUGGGUGCCCUGCACCUGAAGAGGCUGAUGAACACACUGAUUUGUGCACAGCAGACAUGACCACAGUUGUCAAUGAGUUCAGAAGCGGGUUCCGUGCUGCACUCAAGGAUUUGCAGGGAUUUAAUAUUUUUCUUCUUAGGCUUUAUCAGAAACUGGAUAGCCUUCUCAAAUUGUUUUUGACAAUUAUCGAUAAGAAUACAGCAAGGGAUUGUGAUAAGGAUGAUUCUGCAGUUUCAGACCCAUUAUCUCAUGCCAAUUGUGUAACUCCUGUAACUAAGGAACGUGUAGUAAAUGAGACGCAUGGUGAUUUAGAUGACAUGGAACUGCAACGAACACACCGCAGAUCUUCAACUGCUGGACUCAAAGAAAGCCCAGAUUCAGCAUCUCCCAUCUCACGAGAGAAUUGGCAUGGUAAAUAUAGUAAAGAUAGUGGGGAUCCUCUUCGUAGUCUGCGCCUAACAUCAAAACUCCGUGACUUCAACAGAUAUGCCAAGGUUGAUGCUGAACUGCACAGAGAAUUGGAGCAGUGGAAUGAAAUGCUUAAAACAGAUGUAAUUAAACUAUGCCAGGACCAUAAUUUCCAUACAGGGUUUUUCGAAGGGAGUGAAAAUAAUAGUGUAGUCGAUGCUUAUGAGUUGAAGGUUAGACUUGAGCACAUUCUUGAGAGGAUAGCCUUGAUAUCCGAGUCAGCAAGCACGGAGAAACCAUCUUUCAUUGCUGGGAGUCUCUUCAUUGGUGGAGCUCUAGCCGCUAAAUCUGUAUACACUCUUCAACAUUUGGGCAUCACACAUAUAUUAUGUUUGUGUUCAAACGAAAUCGGCCAGUCUGAUUCUCAGUAUCCAAACCACUUUGAGUACAAGAAUUUCUCGAUAUUUGAUAACGAGGACGCAAAUAUCAGCAAACUCUUUGAAGAAGCUUCUGAUUUCAUUCAAAUGGUUGAGAACUCAGGCGGGAAGGUUCUAGUACAUUGCUUUGAAGGAAAAAGCAGAAGUGCCACAGUUGUUCUUGCCUACUUGAUGCUUAGAAAGAACUUCACUUUAUUAGACGCAUGGAAUACACUGAAAAGGGCACAUCGUAGGGCACAACCCAACGAUGGGUUUGCGAAAACCCUUCUGGAUCUUGACAAGAAACUUCAUGGGAAGGUAUCGAUGGGGUGGCAAAGAAAGAGGCCUAAGAUGCAAGUAUGCCCUGUGUGUGGGAAGAAUGCAGGUCUAAGUAGUAGCUCGUUGAAGGUCCAUUUGCAGAAGUCACAUAGAAUGAUCUCAUCAGGCACCGUAGAAACUGCCAUGAAAACGCAUAGAGUGAUAUCUUCAGGCAGUGUGGACAGCGCCAUGACUAUGGAAAUACAUAAAGUGUUGGACACUAUCAAGUUGAGCAGAGGCGGAAGUGUAAGUCCAACCGAGAAGCAAUCUCAGUCGAUGCUUGAUGGAUAGAUUUGGAUCGAUAAAAGUUUAAAACUGGGUCCCAUAGCGUUGCACGAGUCUUAUUACUUUUUGCCAGUCUGUUGUACUGGUAUUAUUGUAAUAUUUGACUAGUGAUAUAGAUUUAUAAAGGAUUUUAGACUUCCCAUCACUGGGCUAACCUGAAUCACUAGUGGCUCUAUGCAGUUAAUACACAGGAAAAAAAAAAGAGCAUCGAUAAUAUAUAGUUGAUGGUCAUCAUAAUACUUCCUCUGUUCUUUCUGGAAAAAAAAUGAGUUCACUUUUU